UGCAUCUACCACUAUGAAGACAGUCGCUCUAGUGUGCGUGUUGUUGGGCGUGGCCGCCGCUCUCCCCGGCCUCCGUCAGCGUCGUGACUCCUCGGCCCUCUUCUACGAGCUGCCCUCCAACGCCUCCCUCAUCCUGGGCGGCAUCCAGACCGGCUUCGAGUGCGGCGACCUGCCCUACGGUUACUACGCCGACGAGGCCAACAGCUGCGCCGUCUUCCACGUGUGUCUGCCCUACAUCGACAACGACCUCUACAUCACCCGCCACUUCUCCUUCAUGUGCGGCGCAGGCACCAUGUUCGACCAGGAGCGCCUCGUGUGCGACUUCCCCGAGAGCGCCCUUCCCUGCUCCGAGGCCGCCGCCUUCAGGAAGUCCAACGAGUACUUCGGCCGCGAGGACGUCAACUUCCUCGAGAAGUAA